GGAAAAAAUAAGGCUGAAGCAUGAACAAGGCAGAAUUCACCACUGUUGCGGGAGUUGCCCUAUUACUGCUGUUCCACACGACCCAAACUGAAGUGUGUCCUCCUCCCUGCCUUUGCAAGUCACUGGGAAUAAUGAAGGGUUUGGAGAUAGACUGCAGUUCAAGGAAGCUGAAGGAAGUGCCUGCCUUGCCUGUUAACACCAAGAAGCUUUAUCUGCAGAAUAACAGCCUGACCACGGUUCCUCCAGGUGCUUUGGACAGCCUACUCAGCCUGGAAGACGUGAAAGUGUUUGACAAUCCUUGGAACUGUGACUGUCAUAUUCUUUAUUUAAAACUCUGGCUAGAAGAUAUCUCUGAAUCCUCUCUUGCAAAUGUCAGAUGUGCAACCCCAGCUCCCAUUAAGAUGAAGCUCAUGAGACAGCUGACUGGGAAUGAGCUGGGCAUCUGCAAGAGGCUUCUGCCAAUCAAAAGUCUUGAGUUCUUUUGGCGAGACCUCAUUUUAAUUGUUGUAGCAAUAACUACACUUAUUUUAGUAGCAUGGGCUCUGAAAUUCUCAAAAAAGCUGGUCUACCAAAUAAAUAUAAGCCAAUAUGACUUUAGUGGCCCACUGUUGCAGCAAGAUAGCUUCAAAAACCGUAAGUUACAGUGA